UUGGUAAGACGCGAAUUGUUGUUAAGAUCGUCCUGAAGUAAUUUAACUGCACUGCGUUUAUUUAUCUGAAGCUAAAAAACUUACAACCAAAGAAUUUUGUGCAAAAGAAUAUAAUUAUAUGUAAAUAGAAAGAGAUUUCGCACUAAAUAAAAAUUAUGCACAGAAGUGAACAGUGAAAUUAUGAACAUAAGUAUAUUUAGCUGAACUAAAAAAUAUACAUAUGUACAUAUGUAAUUGAGUCUGUGAUAUUCAAGCAACAGGUGUAUAUGUAAUCAAAAUAAAAAUAAAAAAAAACUAAAAUAAAAACUGUCAUAUAAUAAAUUUCAACGACGAAAAACUCAACAAAUCUCAUGAAACACAGUGGGCCAUCGAGCAUUAUAUGACCAUUUACUGUCCUAUAUACCACAAUAAACAGACCACAUACGUCUUCUGUGUGCCUGCAGAAUAACUAUAUAGUUGAAGGUUGCGAAAUUAACAGUAAAAACAAAAUAGAAACAAAGCACAAAGAGUAAAUAAGCAAAAACAUAAAAACACAAAAAUCUAAAACAAACAAAUACAAGCGCAAAAAUGUUGGCCAGCAAUAGUUUACCCACUCACUACAAUGAGUCUAUAUUUAAAAAGCACUUGCAGAGCGUUGACAACGAACUGGCAGGCGCCGCAACGUUGAAUGCACCCAAAACGGAAGUACUCGCAUGCAGCUUAGAUAUUAAUGGUGCAGAUGUUAAAGGGUCAGCAAUGAGGACGCAACAGACCAACGGCACAACGAAGAUCAACAACGCCAAUAACACCAAUAAUAACAAUAAUAUGGCUGACACGAUACCAUCAGCACACUACGUAUCCGGGCAUCCAGAUGUGAGCUCUGAGGGUUUCAUACGCAACUGCAUGGAUGAAAUCAUCAAAUCGGCUGUGCUGGCAGGUACAAAUCGUGGCAGUAAAGUGGUGGAGUGGCGUGCACCGAGCGAAUUGCAGCAAUUAUUUGAUUUUAAUUUGAAAGCGGAACCGGAAACGCACGCAAAACUGAUUGAAUUAUUGAAAGCGACAAUUAAGUAUUCCGUUAAGACCGGACAUCCGUACUUUAUAAAUCAGCUGUAUUCUGGUGUAGAUGUUUAUGCUUUGAUUGGACAAUGGCUAACCGAUGCAUUGAAUCCCAGUGUGUAUACUUAUGAGGUGGCACCGAUUUUUACGCUCAUGGAGGAGACGGUGUUGGCUGAAAUGCGUCGCAUUGUUGGUUUUCCAAAUGAUGGUUAUGGUGAUGGCAUUUUCUGUCCAGGUGGCUCAAUUGCUAAUGGUUAUGGCAUCAGCUGUGCACGCUACAAGUAUGCACCGGAAACUAAAAAAAAUGGAUUAUUUAGUGGCCAACAGUUAAUUAUUUUCACAUCACAAGACGCACAUUAUUCAGUCGAAAAGUUGGCUAUGUUCAUGGGUUUCGGUAGUGAAAGUGUUUGUAAAAUUGAGACAGAUCAAUACGGUAAAAUGGAUAUUGGCGACCUUGAGACGAAGGUCAAGCACUAUAUAAAUAAAGGUGCACGCCCCCUAAUGGUUUCUGCGACGGCGGGUACAACGGUUUUAGGUGCAUUUGAUGACUUGAACUGUGUAGCUGAUAUAUGUGAGAAAUACAACAUGUGGUUCCACACCGAUGCAGCCUGGGGUGGCGGUGCACUAAUUACAAACAAAUAUCGUCAUCUAUUGAACGGCAUUGAACGCUCUGACUCUGUCACCUGGAAUCCACAUAAGAUGCUUAUCGCUUCACAGCAAUGCUCAACAUUUCUCACACGCCAUAAGGACAUAUUGACCAAUUGCCAUUCCACAAAUGCAACAUAUCUUUUCCAAAAGGAUAAAUUUUAUGACACAUCAUUCGAUACCGGCGAUAAACACAUACAAUGCGGACGACGUGCGGAUGUCUAUAAAUUCUGGUUUAUGUGGAAGGCAAAGGGUACAAAUGGUCUGGCGGAACAUGUCAAUCAGGCAUUCAAAAUGUCUGAAUACAUCACUGAGCUGAUCAGAGAGCGACCUGGAUUUGAAUUGGUGCUGGAAAAGCCCGAAUGCACAAAUAUUAGCUUCUGGUAUAUACCACCCAGUAUACGAAACAUGGAACGUGGUGAUUUGUUUAAUCAAAAACUAAAUGCCGUUGCACCAAAGAUCAAAGAGGGUAUGAUCAAGAAGGGUUCAAUGAUGAUCACCUAUCAACCCCUGCGAGAAUUACCGAAUUUCUUCCGAUUAGUCUUGCAAAGUUCAAAUCUCACGAAGGACGAUAUGAAAUACUUCCUAGAUGAAAUAGAAGCACUUGGUUGUAAUUUGUAAAUGUCGCUUUAAAUUGUAGAUUAAAUAUUUAACUUUA